CUCUUCCUCCUAAUCAUAACCUUCUCGUUGCUAAGUCGAGGUGGGGUUGCAAAGCUGGCUCUCGCGAGCUUGGUGCCGGCGCUGGCUGUCUCCAGGUCUUCCAGGAGGACAUUUCUUGCAGUUGGGCGCAGAAGCUAGACGCUCAAACACGACUUACCAAGGUCUCUAAGUCUGCCGGAGGAAAGUCUCUCCGCGAGCGGUAGCUAUAGAGCUCUUUAGUGGUUGGGCUCAUCACGAACAGCGCUACGUCGCUACCAAGUUUGGCAUACGCGUGGAGUUUGCAUCUGUUACCCGGCUCGAAGUGGGCAGCGUUCGCUUUUUAGUCCAAGGGGACGUCUAAAUAUAUCGACUGCGGUCCUAAUAUCGGCCUAAGCAACACCAACCACUCCGUAUGGGAUGUUCUAACAUGCCGCAAGAUGUCUCAAUACUGUUCGGCCCGCUCUUUCUAUGUUCUGUGUUCGAUUGUAUG